AUGAUCUCUGUCCUCCUUACUGCUCACACGAUUGCCCUUUCUUAUAUCGUAAUCACGUCAAUUCAGUCACCUAGUGAUGGCGGAGAAUACGCAAUAUCUGCACAGACAGAUAAUGCUUACGUACCCGCAGAGACGAGCGUUGCACAGCAGACUGCUGGCAGACUAUCAGCAAGAAGGGAUCUCAGUGACACAGCAGAAGACUCGAUCAAGACAAGCCCGAUAACUGCUCAGAAUAUCGUAUCAGAGUACCGUCAGGAACCAAACAAGCUCAAGACGUCAUUUCUGGAUCUUCAGGAUUGUGCGAGUCAAUCUGAAAAAAUGCGUAGAUCUUCUUUAAUCUGGAUCCCAAAAUUCGGUUUAAUCCACUUACUGACUCGCACAAUCAUAGAAUUUCUCAAACGCUGCACAUGGGCAAAUUGA